AAGGGGAAUAUACAUAAUUUUGGAAAGCUUGAGGGCUACAUAUUUUACCCUUUUCAAAGUUCAUGGGUCAAACUAAUAAUUACAUGCUUAUACAAAAAACUCAACUUUAUCUCAAUUGUAAACCAUUUCAACUGCUUAAUAAUCUGCUAAAUCCUAGUGAGCUUUGAAACUCAGAGCUUUUCCAGUGCACACUCAUCUACCAUUCAAACUAUAGUAUAAAGCUCAAAGAAAUUCAGUGGCAUAACCAGUUGUAGCAGAGUCUCCCACAUAGAUUCAAGAAAUUGAGGGAACAACCAUUUGAGUUGCAAAAUUUGAUUUCUCACUGGAGCUAGCAGGCAGACAGAAAGCAAGAACACAUAGAUGCUACAGCAUAUUUCAGCUCUGACUUAUACUUCAUGGUGUCCCUCUCAAAAUGGUGCGUGCCCUGGUGUGGUUGUGUAUAAGAAGCCUCAGCAAUGGGCUUAUCCUCUUCUGCUGAAGUUCGAUAAAAAAUAUCAUGCAAUUGGUCCAAGAAGACAAGGAACCAUUCUUUGUUCUGAUAGGAGGCAUUACCAAGGUCGAAACUCUAAGAAACGUGAAGCUGUGCAGCAGAAUGUGGAUCUUCCCCCAGUACUGCCCAAGAAAAAAAAGAAGCCCUAUCCUAUACCUCUUAAGAAAAUUCAGCAGGCUGCUAGGGCUGAUAAGAAGCUGGCAGAGUCGGGAAUAGAAAAGAAGCUUGAACCCCCUAAGAAUGGAUUGCUUGUACCUGACCUAAUUCCGGUGGCUUACGAAUUGUUAGAUGAUUGGAAACUUUUGAUUAAAGGACUUGCUCAUCUGCUCCACGUUGUUCCUGUCCAUGCUUGUAGUGAAUGCUCACAAAUCCAUGUUGCUCAAAAUGGUCAUGAGAUUCAGGAUUGCCUUGGCCCAACCAACAGUAGUCGCAGAAGCUUCCACUCCUGGGUAAAAGGUUCAAUUAAUGAUGUGCUAAUUCCUAUCGAGUCAUACCAUAUGUAUGAUCCUUUUGGCACGCGCAUUAAACAUGAGACACGAUUCAAUUACGACAGAAUUCCAGCAGUUGUAGAACUUUGCAUCCAAGCUGGCCUGGAUCUGCCAGGAUAUCCUUCACGGAGAAGGACUAAACCCAUCAGAAUGAUAGGAAAGAAAGUGAUCGACAUAGGUGGAUUAGUUGAGGAGCCUAGGCCCUCUGUAGACAGAAGUUCGGUUAUUUUGGACCUUGACACCCAUCGGUCUUUUGAACGGUUUGCUCCACCAUUGGAGUCAGAGGUGCCACGGAUUGCCCAGGAGACUAUUGAUGCAUAUGAGAAAGUGAAACGGGGGGUGACAAAGUUGAUGAAGAAGUACACUGUCAAAGCUUGUGGGUACUGUUCGGAGGUCCAUGUGGGGCCUUGGGGUCACAACGCUAAGCUCUGCGGUGAAUUUAAACACCAAUGGCGGGACGGGAAACAUGGCUGGCAAGAUGCAACAGUGGAUGAGGUAUUUCCCCCAAAUUAUGUGUGGCAUGUUCAAGAUCCAAAAGGACCCCCAUUGAGGAGUGCACUGAAGAGGUUUUAUGGGAAGGCUCCAGCUGUGGUUGAAGUCUGUAUGCAGGCUGGUGCUCAAGUACCUCAGAAGUAUAAGCCUAUGAUGAGGCUAGAUAUUGUGCUCCCUGAAAGUGAAGAGAGUCGCCUAGUCGUGUAAGGUUCCUAACUGUUGUACAGAGCUUUAUGUACGCAAUGUUUGCGUUAUAAAUAUGUAUUAAGAUGCAGAAGUAAUGAUAUUGUUCGAAUGGGUAAAGUAACUAGUGAGAUUGCAGUCUGUUUUGCUUUUGUAAUGUGCACCCAUUUCAACUUGGAAUAUCGAUGUCCACAUAAUGUAGUCCAGAAAGAUUCACAA